UAAAGCCUCAGAAUGUUGACUGAACCAGCAGGUAGACGUUCUGCUCUGACCUGGACGGCCUGUCCUGGUGUUGAUCAAUGUUCCAGAGGGGGAGAGAGGGAGGAAAGGUGGUAAACUCUGGGAGAAGGACACCACAGACUAUUUAUAAAACUCUGAAAGGGGAGCCUGAACAUGUGUUUCUGUCCGUCAGGCUGAAACUCCUGCUCAUGGACUCAGUUUCUCUUUCACCGCUCCGGAUCCUGUCUUUCCUGGACGAGGGCUCGCUGGUUUUCAGGACUUUCUCCUUGUUUUCUGGUUUGACUCCCCUGUGAGGUGAAGCAGAAUCUCCCCCGUCCUCCCCUCCACCCUCUCUGAGCCUCGCUGUCCACCAGGGUUUAGGGGUUUUUAUUUUUCCUCCCUGCUGCCUGGUCGUCUCUCUGCUGUGGACGUCCUUCCUUCUCCCCACGUCUCCUUGUCCUCCCUCCGUCCUCCGGUUUGUGGGCGAUGCUCUCCUCACCCACUGUGAUCCUCCAGCCUUACGGACUCCCCGUCUACCCUCAGACCACCACAUGCUACCCCAGCAUCGUCCAGGGGGGCCCCUCCCAGGAGGCGGGCCCCGGCAGCACUGACCCCGCCCUCUCUCAGGUGUAUGCCCCGCCCCCCUCCUACCCUCCACCUGGUCAGGGUCCUCCGUCGUCGGCGGGUCGACUGCCGGCUCUGGACUUCGGCUCGGCCCACCAGAGCUCCGAGUAUCCAGAACACCCCCAGCUGCGGGUCUACCAGGGGCCCCAACACGAGGGGCCCGAGGGCCUGACCCCCAGCAGCUCGGAGGACGCCUUGGCUCCGGUGACCUCCGACCCCCAGAGCCUCAGCGUGUCAUCGGGGGGCGGGGCCGGAAGUGGAGGUGAGGAGGAGGGCUCAGGUAAAGCCCAACCCAAACGCCUCCACGUCUCCAACAUCCCGUUCCGCUUCAGAGACCCGGACCUCCGCCAGAUGUUUGGGCAAUUUGGCAAAAUCCUUGAUGUGGAGAUAAUCUUCAAUGAGCGAGGGUCGAAGGGAUUUGGAUUUGUCACUUUCGAGAGCGCCACCGAGGCCGACCGAGCGAGAGAGAAGCUGAACGGAACCAUCGUAGAAGGAAGGAAGAUCGAGGUGAAUAACGCCACGGCCAGAGUAGUCACCAAGAAGCCCCAGACGCCUCUGGUCAACGGGGAAAUAUCUACUUCUGGGUGGAAGAUCAACCCCGUCAUGGGGGCGAUGUACGCACCUGAGCUCUAUACAGUCGCCAGUUUUCCGUAUCCCGUAGCGACGCCCACGUUGGCCUAUCGGGGCUCGGCGCUGCGAGGUCGAGGUCGAGCCGUCUACAACACGAUUCGCUCUGCCGCAACCACACCUGCCGCUGUGCCCGCCUACCCAGGGGUGGUUUAUCAGGACGGACUCUACGGAGCUGAAGUCUACGGAGGUUAUCCUGCAGCGUACCGAGUCGCUCAGUCGGCGUCUGCAGCCACAGCGACCUACAGCGACGGAUAUGGACGAGUUUAUGCCACAGCUGCAGAUCCUUAUCACCACUCAGUCGGACCGACGACAACAUACGGAGUCGGAACCAUGGCCAGUUUGUACCGAGGAGGCUACAACCGCUUCACUCCAUACUGAGCUAUGAUUGGUCGAUCUGUGGACGAACCUCAGAACAAACUGGAAUAAUCGUCUCCUGUAGAGACCGAACACAAACUUCUCUAAUUUAUAGUUUUACUGCUGGAAGAUACUGUGAGAUGUUUGAUAUCUGAGAUUCUUCAGGGGUUUGAAGUGUACGAGGAUCAUUCCAGAACUGGAGGACAUUUAAAAAUCAACCUUCUCUUCUCCAGUUUUCUGCUCCAUAUUGAUCAAUGAUAGGUAUUGAUUGUCUCAGCUUCCACAUCAAUGGUAGCAUUUUUAUUCCAUGUUUUCUGUGCUGUUUGCUAACUCUACUCUAAUCCAUGCUAAUGUGAUCUUUUUCUCAGCAGUAGAAGCUAGAUAUUUAGCUGCUGUUACUGCUGACCAAGAGGACAAACUGACUGAUGGAAAACAGUCCAAAGAAUUAGUCCCAAAACAACAAAACAAGACAGAAAAAGACAAAAACGAGACACAAAAUGACAAAAAUAAGAAACAAAAUGACAAAAACGAGAAAAAACGACAAAAAAGACAAAAACAAGAAAAAAAAUGACAGGGACACAAAACGACAAAAAAAAAGACAGAAAAUGACAAAAACAAGACAGAAAAUGACAAAAGCGAGACAGAAAAUGACAAAAACAAGACCAAAAAUGACAGAAAGCGACAAAAACAGGACACAAAAGACAAAAACAAGAAACAAAAUGACAAAAACAAAACAGAAAACGACAACAACGAGACAAAAAAUGACAUGAACGAGACACGAAACGGCAAAAACGUCAGAUUUUACGUUUCCACGGCUGCAUGUUUCAGGUUCUGGAUUAUUUGAGUUGGUUUGCUGUAAAACGUCCUCCAGUUCUGGAUCGAUCCUAAAACCACAUUUUGUACGUUUGUUUAAAUGACUUGUUGUUGAUGCAGUUCUGGACUUUCUGAGUGUGUGUGUGUGUGUGUGUUUGUGUGUGAGUGAACAUGAGGUUCUAAAUCCUCAACCUCUGGAUGUUCUCUAGUGGUUCUAUCUACCUCUCCUAGCUUCGUGUUUAGCUUCGUGUUUAGCUUCGUGUUCCUCCAUCGGUGCCUUUUUAACGCUCAUUUUCUCAUUUUAUGACCACUUCCUGCUUCUUUUCUGUCGUUUUUUUUCUGUUUCCUCCUUGAAUCCGUUGAUUUUUUUCCGUUUAUCGCCUGAAUUCUUCUCGUCUUUCGCUCUUUUCUCUGCUUUGUUGACGUUUCCCUCUAAAUAAACUGUUUUUCCUGCUCUUUUA